CUAUUUUUAGUAACUCAGUUUAUGGAAUUUUGUAGAAACCCCUAGGUUAUGUUGUAAAUAUCUAAUAUGUGAUAACAAAUUACAUGAUUAGGGUGGUAAUUAGUGACAUGGUGUAUUUUCUUCAUAGUUUUUGUACAAUACGUUGUGUAAUUGACUAAUUGAGUAUUCCAUAAAUUAAUUUAAAAAUGAAUCUUUCUAUAAAUUGUGAUGAUUUGCCUUCCUCUUUUAAAAAUAUUAUUGUAAAAAAUUGCUCAAUAACUAUUGUUCGGUCGAAUUUAAAUGAUAUGCACGAUAUAGGAAAGUGGGUAGCAGAAUUUUCUACAAAGACUAAUACUAGGUGGAAUGUACGAACAACAGUUCCUAAUGGAAAAUAUAUUCAAUGCAAAAAAAAUUAUAUUUGUCACCAUAGUUCUCACCAUAAAGUGGACAGAACAUUAAACAAAAAAGGUCAAUCAAAGAAUACUGAUUGUAAAGCAUCUAUUAAAAUUGUUGUGAAAGUAGACACUGUAUCUACUAGAAAAAGUGAUCCAUUUGUAAAGAAUAACUACUUAGGUAUGAUUACUAUCUCAAAUACUCAUAAUCAUAAUAUUAAUACUGCUGAAGCGCUACGUUAUUUGAAUCCAGAUAUACAUUUAAGAAAAACUUUUGAAGAGUAUUUUUAUGAUGGGAUGACAAUAUCAGAUGCAUUACGAUAUCAUGAGAGUAUUUUAACAAUGUCAAAUACACCUAUUGAAGAUUUUGCGAAUGGUAGAAUCAAUCCAACAUAUCGAUGCGUACAAAAUUGGCAUGAUCAGUGGAGAGUACUUAACCUAGGACCCCGUACUGGUCAAGGAGUAAUUAUGGUAAUAAAAUAUUUAUGUUUAAUUAUUUACAUUAAGAAUUUAUUCUAUAUAUAUAUUAUUAUCAUUGAUGUGUUUUAAUAUACAAGAUACAACCAUUUAUAAAACAAACUAUUUGAUUUUUUGAUUUUAAAAUGUAUCAUGCUACAUCAGAAUAGUAAAUUAUUAACUCUUAUAUCUUCACAAGUACCCAUAUUACACAUAUUUUCAUUUCAUAUUUUCUUUUUUUCAACUUUUAAAGUAAUAUUAGUGUUUAUUAGAGCUUAUACUUCUUAUAUGCAGUUUUCACUUAAAUUGUGCAUAUAUUUUUAGUUACUGAAUUUAGUAUUUUGUAUACUUUACAGUUCUAUAUUAAAAGUUAAAAAUGUUCAACAUUUAAUUUUCAUUUAGACAUUUAGUAUUUAGUGAGAAUACUAUUAGCAUAUUAGCAUACAAUUUCAGAUGCUGGGUGUUUAAUAAGUGUAAGGUUUUAUUUUAGAAUAGAUAUUGGGUAUAAUUUAUGAUAUAAAUUAUUUUUUUUAUGUUUUGAUGCUAGUAAUUAAUUCAAAUU